UUCUACCAAGCCUUCGACUUCACUUUCCGGGAAUUCAUGAGCCCCGGAAUUAUCGCCUGCACCCUGUUCGCACUGUCCAUCACACUCACGGCGCUGCUGUUGGUCAGCGAGGACCAGGGAGGGAUUCAAGGCCGGUGCGCCGUCGCAGGGUUGAGCACCACCGAGGUGAUAAUAGGCCACGCGCUGGUGCAGACGGCGCUAGCGUACGUGCAGACCGUCUUCAUGCUCGUCGUGUUCGUCAGCGUUUUCGACACACCCGUGCGCGGCUCCAUCGUGGUGGCCUUUAUUAUUCCCGUCUUCAUGGCGUUCACCGGCAUGAACUUCGGUUUCUUCACGUCGUCGGUGUCCAAAGACGAGGCAACGGCGCUGCUGAUGUCCAUGGCCGCAUUAUACCCGGCGCUGCUCAUGGGAGGGGUGCUGUGGCCGGUGGAAGGGACGCCCACUGUGCUGCGGCCCGUCAGCUACGCGGUUCCGCAGGCGCUGCCCGUGCACGGACUGCGGGGCGCCAUGCUGCGCAACUACACCAUCGCCAACCGCCAAGUGCAGUACGCCAUCGCCGCCAACGUCGUGUGGACGCUGGCUCUGCUGCUGCUCGCCAUCUUCACAUUCUCGUACACGGCCAAGUAGAACACGGGGUGGGGGUCAAUCUCAUCGGCGUUCCAUGCAUCUCUCCAUUCCCACAGACAGCAGUCGAUUAAACUGUAUCGUCAUCACUGUCACGA